AAAAAACAAAAUCAAACACACAAAAAAACACACAGCAACAAAAACAAAAAAACAAAAACACAAACAAAACAAAACAAAACAAAACAAAACGAAAUAAAAGACGUCGCUGGCCAGUCUAGAUCGCCAUCCACCUUGAACAAUUUCGCGCCUAUUCACUCGUUACAUGCAGAAUAAAAAAAGAGAAGAAUACAACACAGUGUUGUACCCGAGUACAAACGUUUUAGUUCCUGGUUGGAGAGAGGACACAAAAUGUCGAAGUGUUUGUCAUCUUUGCUUCUCGUGGCAUCGUGGAUUUGGAUUUGUUUUAAAACACACUCUGUGUCAGGCGCCUGUGAGUUAGGAACAUAUGGCUUGGACUGUAACUACACCUGUCACUGUGACGCCGCUAACUGCCAUGAAGUCACAGGUUGUUCUGGUAGUUGCCAGAAAGGAUGGUCUGGACUGAGAUGUACAACAGAAAAUAUAGCUUUACAAAAAACUACCUACCAGAGUUCAUACAUCCCAGGAUACACGGACGUCGCUGUGCUUGCUGUAGAUGGCGACCGUCGCGCUAAUGGAGGAGGAUUCUGUAUAAUAACUGGUGUUAAUCUGCCAUACACGUGGUGGGAAGUAGACUUGGAAAGAGACUACUACAUACACAAGCUAGAUAUUUACUUCCGCACCGACUGUAGUGACAACUUAGUUAAUAUGUAUGAUAAAGCUGAAGCAUUGGUCAAAGACAAUUCCCAAACAUUUUACCGACUUAACCUGGGGAAUAGUCUACAGAGGCUUGCCACCCCAGAGGCCCCUGGCGGGUGA